CUGACUGGAAGCGGCAUUCUCUUCAUGGUCCUGCUGCCGCUGCUGUAGCUCAGCGACACAUUGGUCUGAUGGGGAACAUCUCUCCAGGUUCACACAUCAGUUUGUCAUAGUAACAGCUGAUAACCUGAAGCAACAUGGACAUCCUGAAGUCACUGGGCCACCCGGAAGAGAUAUUCAACCUGUUUAAAUUUAAAAUGGGGGGAUGCAGAACCGUCAUGCCAAAGUUGGAUUAUGAGUCCAUGAGCGAGAGUCUGCGGACCUGCUAUCUGUACCUGAACCAGACCAGCCGGAGUUUUGCAGCUGUGAUUCAAGCGCUGGACGGAGAGUUGAGACAUGCAGUCUGUAUUUUCUACCUGGUGCUGCGAGCGCUGGACACAGUGGAGGACGACAUGACUAUCCCUCUGGACAAGAAGGUUCCCAUGCUGAAUGAUUUCCACACCUUCCUGUACCAGAAGGAGUGGUGCUUCACCGAGAGCCAGGAGAAAGACAGACAGGUUCUGGCUGAUUUCCCCACGAUAUCAGUGGAGUUCAGAAACCUCGCUCAGGAAUACAGAGACGUCAUCUCGGAUAUCUGCCACCGAAUGGGAGUCGGAAUGGCCGAAUUCCUUGAAAAGAAAGUGGGCUCCAUGAAGGAGUGGGACCUGUAUUGCCAUUUUGUGGCGGGGCUGGUCGGUGUCGGUCUGUCUCAGCUGUUCUCUGCGUCCCAGCUGGAAGACCCCGAGGUGGGGCGCGACACCGAGCUGGCCAACUCCAUGGGCCUGUUCCUCCAGAAGACUAACAUCAUCCGAGACUACCUCGAGGACACGCAAGUGGGACGCGCCUUCUGGCCAGAAGAGGCCUGGAGUCAGUUUGCAGGUCGUCUGGAGGACUUGGCCGAGCCGGAGAAGCUGGACUUGGCUCUCUCCUGUCUCAACCUGCUGGUCACUGAUGCUCUGCGACACGUCCCGGAUGUCAUCGCCUACCUGUCCCGCCUGCGCAACCAGAGCGUCUUCAAUUUCUGUGCCAUUCCGCAGGUGAUGGCGAUAGCUACACUGUCGUCAUGCUACAACAACCCCAUGUUGUUCCAGGGCGUGGUGAAGAUCAGGAAGGGACAGGCUGUCACACUCAUGAUGGAAGCCACCAGCAUGAGCGCCGUGCAGACCAUCAUCUCCCAGUACAGCCAGGAGAUCUUACAGAAAGUCUCUCAGACGGACCCGUCUCGGGACAAGACCCUGCACAUCCUGGCUCUGAUCGAAGAGAAGUCCGCCGUGUCGCAGUCCAGCCUCCCCUCCAGGACCCACCACCUGUCGCCCAUGUACCUGUCUGCCGCCAUGCUGCUCGCCGCUCUCAUCUCCGUCGCCCGGGCUCGGCCUCCCCUCACUCAUGCCUCCCCGGAGAUGGUCGAGCUCAUCAACAAGGCCAACACCACCUGGGCGGCCGGGCAGAACUUCUACAACAUCGAUAUCAGCUAUGUGAAGGGACUGUGUGGGACUAUACUGAAUGGACCCAAGCUGCCAGAAGUGGUUCACAGUACAGAGGGCAUAAAGCUUCCCGCCAGCUUCGACGCGCGUCAGCAGUGGCCCAACUGUCCCACCAUCCAACAGAUCAGAGAUCAGGGAUCAUGUGGGUCCUGCUGGGCCUUUGGGGCGGCGGAGGCGAUAUCCGACAGGUUAUGUAUCCACAGCAGUGGUAAGAUCUCUUUGGAGAUCUCUGCUGAAGAUCUACUGUCCUGCUGUGAUGAAUGCGGCAUGGGCUGUUUCGGUGGUUAUCCCUCUGCUGCCUGGGAGUUCUGGGCAAAGAAAGGGCUGGUGACAGGAGGCCUGUAUGGCUCCAAAGUCGGCUGCCGACCCUACAGCAUCGCUUCCUGUGAGCAUCACGUGAAUGGGACUCGUCCUCCUUGCCAGGGUGAAGAGGACACUCCUAAGUGUGAAGAGCAGUGCAUUGAUGGAUACUCGCCGUCCUAUCAGAAGGACAAACACUUUGGUAGACGCUCAUACAGCGUCCCGUCCCAGCAGGAGCAGAUCAUGACCGAGCUGUACAAGAACGGGCCCGUGGAGGCCGCGUUCUCUGUAUAUGCAGAUUUUCUGCUGUACAAGACUGGUGUGUACCAGCAUGUGAAAGGUGACAUGCUGGGAGGUCAUGCCAUCAAGAUCCUCGGUUGGGGGGAGGAGAGUGGGACGCCCUACUGGUUGGCUGCAAACUCCUGGAACAGUGACUGGGGAGAUAAAGGUUUCUUCAAGAUCAAGCGUGGAAAUGAUGAGUGUGGUAUUGAGUCAGAGGUGGUUACAGGAAUCCCACUCAACUAGAUUAAAUCAAGAAAGAAUUAAAUGAAGACCUUAUUUUGUAAGGCACUUGCCUAUUGCAUUUAAAGGAAAAUAUGAAGCGAUUUCAUGUCAUCAACUGG